AUGCAUCAAAUCCUCCAUAUCUCUCCUUCUUCUCCGCUCGCGUCGCUCCGUGUGAGCAAACACUACAUACCGGCGCACAAUGGUCUUCCAAACACCAGCAUUCUCAAUAAACCACUGCUCAUCUACCACGGCGCCUUGCAAGGAAAUGAUGGCCAAUGCGCCACCGCGUCUGCUGUGGAAGCCCAUCUGGUGUCCGUGGGAGUCGUCACGCCGCAGUGGCGAUACUCCAUGUAUCCCACCACACACUUCCAUAGCACAAGCCACGAGGUCCUCUGCGUCACCUCUGGGCGGGCAGAAUUGUGGUUUGGCGGGGAAGACAACCCCGACCGGGUCGAAGCCGUGGUCCAGGUUGGAGAUGUCAUGAUCUUGCCUGCGGGCCUGGCACAUCGCCUUUCGCGAGACGUGAGCCAGGAUGGCCACAGCUUUGAGAUGGUGGGGAGCUACCCAACAGGCUGCCAUUGGGACAUGUGUUAUGGAAAAGCUGGCGAGGAGGAAAAGGUCAGAAAAAUCGCGGGACUGUCAUGGUUUACAAAGGAUCCCAUCUUUGGACAUCACGGCCCGGUUUUGGAUGUGUGA